GCGCUUAACGCGCUAGCUCCCGAUCAAUCUGGGUCAUGGCACACAAAACACGACCAUAAUUCGGCUGGCUUAAUCGGCGUCAGGUGUACAUUAUAGCAGCGGCGAUCAGAAUUGCCGAGGGACUCCGAACGCGAGAACUUGUUUGCUACACCAAAAGCUGCAGUUGUUGAACUGCUGCAUCCAGCGCUCGCAGGAGUCGUGCGGGGCUCCCGGCAACUCCUCUGAGGACGAGUUCUACGACUGUUCGGAGGGCGAGGGCACCGACUCCCAGCCACCGUGGGACCGACCAGUGGGCAGGCUCAAGCGCCUUGAAGACGCUACCCUCAAGAAUGGAGCGCCUCUCUAUAUUCCUCGCACUCAGGACCCGGCUCCGAAGACAGAAGAUCAGCUGGAGGAGGAUGCGGAGCUGAUGGUGCGGCUCGGCGAUGACGCGCGCGCCUCUGAGCUGCGCGCGCAUGAUGAGCGCCUCGCUGCUCUCAGACAUGGAGGCCUUCAAGGCGGCCAACCCCGGCGCGGAACUAUGCGACUUCGUGCACUGGUAUUCUCCUCGCGACUGGCGGCCAGACGGCGGCGGCGCGCUCGGAGAUCGCAUGUUACUACCCGGAAACCCCUGGGUGGAAGCAUGGGAAGUCGCGCGUCCUGUCCCCGCUGCACGUCAGCGGCGCCUCUUCGACGAGACUCGUGAGGCGGAGCAGGUUCUUCACUUUCUGCGCUCACGGACAGUCAGCGGCGUCGCGGAACUCCUUUUACCGGCAAUUUUGCGAGCGGGUGCCGUCAAAGCCCAAGCGGAAGGGGUCACCGCGGUGAGUACGGCAGUGGGUGGGGUUGACCAGAGGCGGUCUUUCGAGAUAGCCGCGCGGGAACUGUACGAUGCGGAGAGGGAAGCGUGUCGGUCUAUCUGUGUCCGCACCGUGCUCGGGGACAGCGAGGAGGACCGGCCGCUGGACGCGGCGGGCCGGAGCCGCGUCCUGGGCGCGGCGGGGGGCAGCCUGCCGGCGCCCGCGCGGCGCGAGUUCACUCUGCGCGUGCGCGACGACGUGGCGCCGCAGGUGCUGCGCGCCGCCCUCGCCACCGACAUGUUCAUCAUCGGCGCCUUCACGGAACGCAUAGUGUGCUUGUAGCGAAACAAAUAUUUAACCCCUUUAUGCCAUCAUGACUGCACUGUGCUAGCGAUCACGUUCAUAUUUAUGUUAAGGUUAUCAACCGUUACGCCUAAUGUUAAUUAAUUAAGCAUUUACCAGUAUGAACAUCGAUUCAUCGCUAUCACAGUUAUCUAGUUAGCGCAGCGCUUGUAAGAAAAAUGCAACUAAAUACCUACUUAAAUAUAUACUCUGUACUUUUAGGUAAGUACUUAAAAAAGGAAACAAAUCAUUUACACAUUUUCGAGUAGUUUGACCUUUGUCUGUUACCAAACCAAAUACAAGACGAAGCGGAUCUGUCACUGAGCGGCCUGUCUUUAAUCUACUUAUUUUGUCGUGUAAUAUUUUAAAUUAUCCUCAAGUGGCUUCAGAAGGAGCCCUUUGAGGGUAGAUUUUGUUUACAUUCAUUUAAAUACCUACCUAAAGGUAUAAGACUAUAGUUCAGUCUUCCUUGAUUACUGAUAGUGAUUUUAAUCGACGGUUCUAGAUCGUUAAUGUACCUAAGUAAGCCGAUUAAAAUUAUAACACAGAUCGCCUUACCGCCUGCUCAAUUUUGUAGAUUGGUUAAACAAUACUGAAUGUGUAAUCGUGCGCAAGCAGGAGUUACGUUACGCCGGUCUGUCUCGUAACACGUAAAUAAUCUUAAGCGUAUUGGUGCAAUUAUAGUUAAAUAGAUAAUGUUGAAUUGUUCAUAGAAUCUAUUAAUAUAUUUAUAAGAACUUUUUUGUGAUGUUUUAAAUGUUUGUUUAAAUUUUAUAGUAAUUAAAUUCAUGCUAUAGUUUGUGAAUGUUAAGCCUAUGUGAUAUGUUCCGGAACCGGAAGCUAAGCUGGCUUAUCAAACUCUACCGACUCUUCUUUUAUCAAUAAAUGUAUCUUAUCUUAUUUACUCUACGCCAUCAGUUUUUACGAUGGAUGCCUACCUACUUGCAACACCGAUUUUUUUCUCAUAUACCUCUCUCGUGAAUAUUUAGGUAUCUAUAAGCCUACCUACUUUGUUUCCACCAUAUGUUUAUUCCGUAAAACGUGACUAUGUAAAUUGAUAUCGAUAACAA